CGCCCCUCAACUUCCUCGGCCUCAAUCCACAUCAAAAGCUGAUUCUCGACUGUAGUAACUGGCAUUUACAACGUUCUGUCUAGCUCUGCGGUCUCAACGUUUGACUUCACUAAUUUCCCCUCCUCCGCUCCCAUAGAUGCGGUCGAUGCCCUGAUGACCCUCUAUGACAACACCAGAUGUCUAUCGAGAUGCGGAAUACAUCGCUGACGUGUCCGGCAUCCAAUAUGGCAGCGUCGCAGAAACCUCUCCUACUCUUCGGGACGAGGGUGUAAGGAAGAAGCUUCGGUCGGCUGCGAAGCUCGCGUUUAUCGAUCGGUUACUCCACGAUCUCGAUAUCCUUAUCUACUGCGAGCUAUCUGCACUGUAUUAUAUGGACUGCUCGAUAGUACUAUUUGCCAUCCGCGCCAUUGUCCAACUGAUCUUCUUCACUCGCAAAGCACCACCCUUCCCCCGAACCCAGAAUCAACCAUUCAUCGGGGCUAUUUUUGGUAGCAAUAUAUUUUGCAUGCUGGUUCAUCAUGUUUUCAGUCGACCUGAAGCCGGGGAAGCAACAAGGGGAUAUCUACAUGGCGGCAUUUUAAUCGACUUCAUUGGGCAAAAGGCCCCCAUCCCGGUCGCCCGACUUCUAUUCCUCGAUCUGCUCGUCCUGCUCAUCGAUCUUGUCAUGCUGGGCCUGAUAAUUGAACAAGUGAAGACAGCUGGGUCCACGGACUCGACUUCCACAGGGACGACAACCACAACAACCACAGUGACCGAACCCACGCACACCCAAGACCAUGAUCACGAAGAACGAGGCCUCCUCAACCACGGGGAACGAGAACCCAGCUCCUCGACACCAUCAAGCCCAACCUCUGUAAACAACAACGACAGCGACAGCGACGGUGACGGCAUCUCAGCCCGGGAGCCAAAUUCCCGGGACUCGUCACGAUCGAACACAAACACAAACACAAACACAGAUACAAAUGGCGCCGCCCUCCUCGGUCCAGAAGAACAGCUCGAAAGAACCAGACUCCUAGCAGACCCCUCGGAAAUCGGCCACACAGUCCAUCAACACGCCUUGGAUGACUUUGCCUCUGGAGAAGCAGUAAUCAUGCACAUGCGAUUGUUCACUGUCAUCCGGGACCAGUGGCAGUAUCGGCCCCCUGUUGCGCGACGGACGCAUCACGCUCUGACCAGCCAGCGGCAUGUAGAAAAUUUGGGAAUCCAGCUCGGAGCGGAUGGGCGUCUUUGAGCGGAUACCGACGCAAUAAUGCGUUGUGUUGUUUGGUUGGUUCGGGGACAAGAACGAGAUGAGAACAUGAGAUGACGCGUUGCGUUUUCCUGGUUGGUUGCCUGGAUUCGGGCUUUUCUCUUCUUUUUUUUUUUUUUUCUUCUUCUUGUUUCCCCGCGCCCUUCUUGUAUUCUAGCGAAAUGCCGGGGAUGGAAGUGUGUACAUACAUUGGGAUAUUACGUCUAUAGAAUGGAUCUAUACAGUAACUUUUGUUUCAUUUCGUUUUUGCGAGUCUUCGUUACGAGGGAGAUGCUAGUAUAUUCAGGGGGAUUAACUCAAAACCAAAUAUUUUUCAUCCAAAAGAGACCUAUUUAUGUAUUAUAUCAUGAAAUGCCAUGGGAAUCUAU